AAAUAAAAUCUUUAUUUGGGUAACCGAUCUCUCUCAUCACCUUUUUUUUUUAUGAACAAAGGUAGAGAGAAGAUCCCUCGUUUUUCAUGGGUUCUAAAGACAUGAGAUCAGGUUCAGAAGUUGUCACCGUCGAUGUGACCGAAGCCAAGAAUCUCCUCGAAGCUGCCGGCCAUGUUUAUCUUGAUGUGAGGACCGAGGAGGAGUUCGGAAGUGGUCACUGUCUUGCACCUAAGGACAAGAUCUUCAACGUUCCGUACAUGUUCGACACUCCUCACGGUAGAGAGAAGAACCCGGAUUUCUUGAACCAAGUUUCUUCUCUGCUCAACCAAACCGAUGAUAUUUUAGUAGGAUGUCGGAGUGGAGUUAGAUCCUUGGAUGCUACAACUGACCUUAUGGCUGCUGGUUACAAGAAAGCAAGCAACGUGGGAGGUGGCUACUUGGCAUGGGUGAACAAAAUGUUGCCGGUCCACGUGGAGCAGCCACAACCAGCAGACGGAAAUUAAUGUACGAACCUCUUCCAUCAAACACACUACUGCGAAUAAAAAGAUACAUUCUCUAACAUUUAAUUAAAAAUAAAAAAUAAAAAAUCUGUGCGCUCAAUUCAUAUUUUA